ACCAGAAGAGAGAGAAAGAGACAGAGAGAAAUGGUGAGAGAAGAAGAAGAAGAUGACAACAACAACAACGGAGGAGGAGGAGGAGAGAGAAAGCUGCCUGUGGCUGAUGAAACGGUGCCGUCUUUGUUGGACGGAACGGGGUUGGUUUGUGUAACGGGAGGUACUGGUUUCGUUGCUUCUUGGCUCAUCAUGCGUCUCCUUCAACGUGGCUACUCCGUUCGAGCCACGGUUCGAACCAAUCCAGAAGGGAAUAAGAAAGAUAUAAGCUACCUAACCGAACUACCAUUUGCAUCGGAGAGGCUUCAAAUAUUCACCGCCGAUCUCAACGAACCCGAGAGUUUUAAACCGGCGAUCGAAGGAUGCAAAGCCGUAUUCCACGUGGCACAUCCUAUGGACCCAAACAGCAACGAAACCGAAGAGACCGUUACGAAACGCACCGUGCAAGGUCUCAUGGGGAUACUAAAGUCGUGUUUGGACGCUAAAACCGUGAAACGCUUUUUUUACACGUCAAGCGCCGUUACCGUUUUCUAUAGCGACGGAAACGGCGGUGGAGGAGGAGAAGUAGACGAGAGCGUUUGGAGCGACGUGGAGACGGCGGCGCUUGAGUUCGGCGGGAAGAAUGGAUUGGAGGUUGUGACGCUCGUUAUUCCUCUUGUCGUCGGACCUUUUAUAUCUCCGUCGUUGCCUUCCUCCGUCUUCAUAUCUCUCGCCAUGCUCUUUGGAAAUUACAAAGAGAAGUAUUUAUUCGAUACUUACAACAUGGUGCAUAUCGAUGAUGUGGCGAGGGCGAUGAUAUUACUAUUAGAAAAGCCAGUAGCGAAAGGUAGAUAUAUUUGUUCGUCGGUGGAGAUGAAGAUCGAUGAGGUCUUUGAGUUUUUGUCUACGAAAUUUCCUCAGUUUCAGCUACCUUCAAUCGAUUUGAAGAAUUAUAAAGUAGAGAAGAGGAUGAGUCUCUCGUCGAAGAAGCUGAGAAGUGAAGGGUUCGAGUUCAAGUAUGGAGCCGAGGAAAUAUUCAGUGGAGCUAUAAGAAGCUGCCAAGCGAGAGGAUUUCUUUAAAUUCUUAUGGAAUUUUGUGUUAAAUUUGUAUAUGAAUUGAAAAUAUCUUUUUAUUUUCUUUAUUGGCCAUGUCCGUUUUGUAACAUGUUCUUACUUGUUACGAAAAAAAAAAUGUUUUAAUU